AACAUCGCAUGGGUUAUUUCUUGUGGUUUACGACAACGAAAACCAGUAUAUUCUACUCUCUCUCAGAAUGAAGAUGCAUACGUCAGUUGGAAUUUUUCUCUGUGUAAUAGCCUGUGCUCAUUCGUGGUAUCAAGACUUAGAUGGCUUGCAGUACAGGCAACAAGGAAUGAGAGAAGAUACGGGCAUGUUCACUMGAGAUGGUGUGMUUGUAGACCGCGAGGAUGUAAAGAGAGUCAUUAACAUCCUGGACAGGAAGUGCUCGUGUACUGGUCCGGUAGCCUGUCAGUGUUGUAUCGAAGCCAAGCUUAAGAUUCUUUUCAAACUCAAAGCUUGUGCAGCCUUUGCCUUCAAUCCCAAAACCAAGGCCCUUGAUUUCACCAUUACGGUUGACAAUAUAGUCCUCUUCAAGAAAUCAAUCUCAGUGAGUAAGCCAGUCAAGUUUUGUCAUGAGUUUUCAUUCCAUGGUCAUGAUGCUAAACUUUGCGUUGGUCUGAGUGACAUCUCUUUUGAAAAGGGGCACACUGGUGCCUGCAUCUACAUGGAAAUYCAAGCCUCUCUCUUUCACUGGAAGCAAAAAUUGGGAUGCUUGUACAAAAGUACKCUUCCUAAAAAGCUUUCGCUYCUUGCAGACGAYACCAAGAAUGGCGAUUAUAAAUUGUAAUCUCUKAUAUCGCCGAAUUUUAAAAUUAUGASWAUAAYAAUUGUAGUUUUUAAGUGACUGGCUCAUACAAGUGAUCCAAAAUCAGACACGAGAACAAGAAAUGCAGCUUUUUCGUUUCCUUGUGCUUGUGUUUGCAAUUGCGUUGUGUCAUGUAGCGGAAUUGCGCACAAGGGAAAUGAAGAGCAAAUACAAGGAUAAGAAAACGAAAAAGUUGCAUUUCUCAUUCUUGCGUUUGCUUUUGGGUGACUUGUGUGACGAACCAGGCAUGGUAAUGAGACGUGUAUUUAGGCAUGUUUAAUUUUCUAGGUGGAUUAAAGUUAUAAAUUGUAGUGUAUUUAGGCAUGUUUAAUUUUCUAGGUGGAUUAAAGUUAUAAAUUGUAGUAGCUUAAAUGCAAA